CUCUCCUGACCAGUAAACCAAUCAACAUGUCUCAAAUCCUCUCCGCCAACAGUCUCCCCUCCCUCGAGUCUCUCUCUGCGACAGCUAGUCUGUCCUCCCCUGCUCUCGAUUGUUAGCCGACUUCCCCUCCCCGUUUUCUGUCCAUCGAUUCUCAGUCCCAGCCGGCGGCUCGCAGCCAGUAGGUUCUCGUCGGCAUCGUACUUCGGGAAGCUCACCAGUCAAAAAUGGAUUUUUACAAGUAAUAAUAUAAGAAAACUUACGUCUUCCUAUUUCCAGGUUGCAGUGUGGGUGUCGUCGACAUUGAUUUGACCAUUCAAACAUUUGAAACUUUUUGGCAAUGGAAUUCAAAGCAUGCUUUACUCUCAUCCUGUUCCAAGUUUCCCUUAAAUUUUGGUGGCUAUUAAUUCUUUGACUAUUUUCAAAGUUGCCACAUAUCGCACUCCACUUUUAAAUGGCAUCCUCUGUUCACGUCUCCGACGAGCCACUCACUCCUGCCGGCAGGCUAUUUCUCCAGCCGGAAAUGAAAACCGUAAUCCACUGCUUACUUGGCUUUAAACACAACAUGGAUAUAGAAGCCAUAAAAUCCACCAUAAAGAACUCUCUAAUGGUGAAGCACCCAAGAUUCUGUAGUCUUCUUGUGCAUGACAAGAAUGGAUUCGAGCACUGGAGAAGAACAGAGGUUGACGUUGACCGGCACAUCAUACUUGUUGACGAAACAUCCAUCACCAACAGCAGCGAUGAUGUUGAUAAAAUAUUGAAUAACUAUAUAGCAGAUUUAUCUGUAAGUAGCCCGCUUAGCAGCGAUAAGCCUUUAUGGGAAAUCCAUAUCAUGAAGGAGAAGAAGUGUGUGAUAUUCAGGAUUCAUCACGCUCUUGGAGAUGGGAUCUCAUUGAUGUCGAUGUUGCUGACAAGCUGCAGAAAGGCGGAAGAUCCAAUGGCAGUACCCACGUUGAUGACUGGAGGUCGGAGGGAUUGGAGAGAAGGAAAAGAUUGGAGAGGGAUUUUGAUGGGUGUUCUGAAGAUGGUCCUAUUUAGUUUAUUUUUCUGUGUGGAUUUUGUGUUGAGGUGUUUGUGGGUUCGUGAUCGGAAGACAGUGAUAUCUGGCGGUGAUGGAGUGGAGCUGUGGCCGAGAAAAGUGGCUACCGCUAAAUUUUUGAUUGAAGACAUGAAGAUGGUGAAAAAAGUCGUUGCUAAUGCGACCAUUAAUGAUGUUCUUUUUGGAGUGAUAUCAACGGGUAUAUCAACAUACUUGGAUCAUCGAUCACCAAAUUCUUUGAAAGAAGGGCAGCAACUUACUGGAAUAGCUAUGGUUAAUUUAAGAUCGCAAACGGGAUUGCAGGAUAUGACAAAGAUGAUGGAAAGCAAUUCGACAUGUCGUUGGGGCAACAAGUUUGGCAUUCUGCUAUUGCCUAUUUAUUAUUACCAUAAAAUUGAACCUCUUGAGCAUGUGAAGAGAGCCAAGGAAAUGAUAGAUAGGAAGAAGAAGACAUUAGAAGCUCACUUCUCAUACAAAGUUGGGGAUCUAGCAAUGUCAUGGUUGGGACCAAAGGUUGCUAGCUUACUUAACUACAGAAUUAUGUGUAAUACAACCUUUACAAUCUCAAAUGUGGUCGGACCUAAAGAGGAGAUUACAAUAGCAGGCAACCCUAUAACAUUCAUAAGGGUUAACACAUCUAGCUUACCCCAAGCAUUGGUAAUGCACGUGGUGAGCUAUGCGGGGAAAGCUGAAAUGCAAAUUGUGGUGGCCAAAGAUAUUAUUCCUGACCCAGAAUUUCUCGCUAAGUGCUUCCAAGAUUCCUUGCUGGAAAUGAAGGAAGCUGCAUUGGCUAGUUUAUGAUAUAUAGGAGAGAAAACAAAAUACUUCUUGCCUAUUCUGUCAGAUAAGUUUAAUAGUUCAUUGAUAUCCUCAUACAUUAAAAAUAGUCUUUAAUUUGGAAGCCAGAAUAGCUGUAACAAUCUUGUAAUAAAAUUAUUAUUCCAUAUUGAUUUUAUAUAUA